AUGUCCUCCGCAGCCACGCCCCUCCUGGGCGAGGAAUCUGAAGGCAUGUCCCCUCCAUUGGCAACACGCUCGCGCUUGCUGAAUGUGCCCCGACGCGAUGCUCAUCGCUCACGCUCGGUGUCGGCAUCGAAGCGGUUGAAACCGUCCCCUGUAUGGAUUUUAUGUCUGUGCGCAAUCGCUGCUAUCUCAACAUCAGGCACCGCGGCGCCGCGAGUUGAGCUGUACACGCGCACGGUGUGCGCCUCGCACGGGUUGGAUCCAGCGGAAUGCAACACCCCCGAGGUAUCCGCGGCCGCGGCCGAGCUCAUGGCAACGCUUAUGACGCUCUCGGGUGCGUUGGCGAUGCUCACUGCAGCCUGGUGGGGUUCGCUCUCGGACUCCUACGGAAGGAUAGGCGUGCUCGGGUUCAACGUGCUGGGGCUCAUGUUGUCAGACGUGGGCUUCUUGACCGUUUGCCACUUCUGGCAAAGCCUUCCGGGAACGUACUGGUGGUUCGCAGUUGGUCCAGUAUGUGAGGGACUGGUGGGAGGCAUCUCUGUCGCGUCAAUUGUGAUGCACGCAUAUAUCUCAGACUGUUGCGAACCCGCAGCAAGGUCCCGAGCAUUCUCCCUACUCAUGGGCAUUAUCUUCGUAGGAAUGAGUAUAGGCCCGAUCCUCACAGGGUACAUCAUGCGAUCCACGGGCCUUAUUCUGCCCGUGUUCUAUGCAACGGCGACCAUCGACCUCAUUGUCACGCUGGGAGUGUGGUUCGUUAUACCAGAAUCUCUGUCUCAAGAGGAGAUGCAACACCGUAGGGCGUUACGCAAGGCUGCAUCACAGGCCAUGUCCCCCUUGAAAAGACUAGCUUCCUCGUUCGAUUUCAUAUCUCCUCUGGCGCUCCUCUUGCCCCAUAGGACCGAGCACUCUACUUCCAAGAAGUCGAUCGACUGGACUAUGACUAUUUUAGGAUGCGCGUUUGGCUUUGGGACCCUCGUGCAAGCUUCGACAGUCCAACAGAUUCAGUACGCUUACUAUGCGAUGAAGUGGUCAUCCGACAUGGUCAGCUACUGGCUGGGAUGUGCCCACAUCGUGAGAGCGGUAUACCUCACUAUGAUUUUCCCUACCGUCAUGAAGCUUUUCAGCUAUUUGUGGACCAGCAGCCGGAGGUUUACGCCUUCCGACACUGGAAAUCUACCCUCCGAGGACGCUGAGCGGGCACAAGCUGGGCCUUUAACAAACGCAAAAUCCCAUGCGGCCUCGGUCGACUUGUUCCUCGCGCGCGCUGCACUGGUCACCGACGCCGUGUUCUAUGCGCUCUGCUUCACCACCGACUCUGGCAAGCUCUUUGCGGUGUUCUCAAUCAGCGUUUCAUUUGGCCAGAGCUUUGCGCCAACGAUGCAAAGUGUCGCGCUCAGCCUGUACGAGAAGCGUGGGGGGCGCGACACCGGCCGCCUACUCGGCGCGUUGACUGUUGUUUCCGCAUUUAGUUCCCACAUCAUCGGGCCUGCGGUCUUCGGCAUGACAUAUGCGCAGACGGUGGCAACAGUUCCCGGCGCGUUCUACCUUGUGUGCUGCGCCUCUGUUGUCGCCGGGCUGCUUCUCCGGGCGACCGUAUCUCGGCCAUUGCGCCCCCAGCCGCGCGCGACGUCCCGCGACCCCCUCCUCCGCUCGCGCGCCCAACAGUCUCAGCCGCGCUCCCGCCCCCGUCCACCGCACCUCUCCCACUCCACCACGGACUCGAUCGGCCAGCUCCCUGGUCCGGCCGACCUCCUCAACCCCUCGAGCUCACUCGUCUCAGAGGAGCAGGUGGAGCUCCUCCAUGAGUUCGUACACCCCCACCACGGUGCCGAGGAAACGCUCGUCAACGACGCGGCCUUUGGCGAGGAGCAAGGGUUCGCGAAAGACGAUGGGGACGAGAACGCGUGGAUGAUGCAGCGGCCGUGGUGGAGGCGGCCAUCCCCGUACUGGUUCCUGGCGUUCAUACCCUUUACUGCGAUCGCGAUGGGCAUCACCGUUGCGGCUAAGAUCGAGCUGUUCACGUACCUCGUUUGCUUGGCGAUCCAGCCUACUGUCAGUCCUGACCACGGUCUCACAUUUUGCGGGGAUGUAGCUCCCAGUCAGGGUGUCUGCAAGACCGACCCCGUCGUCGCGGCUGGCGUCGCCAAACUCACGACGCUCAUGACCACGAGCGGGGGCAUUAUCGCGUGCAUGACCACCGCCUGGUGGGGUUCGUUGUCAGACCGUGUUGGGCGAAUUCGGAUUUUGGGCUGCGCAGUGAUUGGCUUGCUGAUUGCCGACCUCACGUUCCUGGCCGUCUUCUGGUUCUACGACUAUCUUCCUGGAGGUUACUGGUUCCUCAUGCUGGGACCCCUCUGCGAAGGACUUCUUGGAGGACGUCAUCUGCUGAGUGCCACCGUGCACGCGUACUUCGCGGACACUAGCCCUCCUCACCUCCGAUCACGCUUGUUCUCUCUGGACCUUGGUCUAAUGUUCACUGGUAUCGCCCUCGGUCCGGCGUUGGGCGGUGUCUUGGUCCGCGUCACAGGCAGUUUCAUGAUCGUUUUCUACAUCUCUGCGAUCAUUCACCUCAUCUAUGCUCUCCUCCUAUGGUUCAUCAUUCCGGAGUCUCUGUCCCCAAAGAAGAUGCAGGAUGCCCGUCAGCGGUACAAGCUCGACAUAGAAGAAUAUAAGGCAGCUCACGCCGAAGGGGGAAUCCUGGUAUUUUUGCAGAGGAUAUUCUCGUUCUUGUCCCCAAUCUCGCUGUUCUUCCCUGUCGACUUAAACAAGGGCGGGAAUCCGGCCAAGGGAAAGCGCUGGGAUUGGAGCUUGAUGCUGAUUGCUGCUGCGUACACGUUCGUGAUUGCCAACCUGGGAAUGUACCUUUUCACGAUUCAGUACAUGUCCACAGUCUACGGAUGGUCGACAGAGAACAUCAACUACUGGUUCAGCUCGGUUGGGGUCUCACGCGCUGUGUUCCUAACGCUGAUUCUACCAACCAUCAUCCGGAUCUUCAAACCCAAACCCGUGCAGCUCCCCGUCGAGCCCGUCGAGCCUCUUAGCCCUACUACUACUUCAACCUUCCCACAGCCCCCGGAAGCCCAACGCGCCGCCAGCCAAGAGCGCGCGACCGCCGCCGCCGUAACGGCGCACAAGACCGCGAAGUUCGACCUCGCGCUCGCGCGCGGCUCCGUCUUCGUCGACAUCCUCACGAUGCUGGCAAUGCUCGCGAGCUCCUCCGGCGCGGCGUCGCUCGGGAUGGGCUUCAUGCCCGCCGUGCACUCGGUCGCGCUCGCGCUCUACCAGCGCCGCGGCGGGCGCGACCGUGCUCCAGGCGCUGAGCUCGGCGUCGUCGGCCCGUUCGUGUACGGGCUCACGUACGCGCGCACGGUGGGCACGUUCCCGAAGAUGAUUUUCGUCCUCGCGACGUGCUCGCUCACGCUCGCGUUCGUCCUCGUGAUGUGCGUCCGGCUGCCGGAGGGCGACCUGGCGGGGCGGACGGACGAAGAGGAGCGGCAGCCGCUCGUCGCCGGCGAGAAUGAGGACGAAGAUGAGGACGACCGCCGCCGGGACACGCUCGUUGGCGCGCCGGAGCCGUUGGUCGUCGUCGACGAUGGAGAGGGCCGAGCGGUGGUCAAACCUGUUCCCGAGGUUUAA